AUUUUACUCCUCCUAUCUCAUUCCGUUCGGUCGACAUAAAGAAAACCACAAACGCUACUCAGAUUACAUUGGAUUGUCCUAGUUGCCUGAAAGGCGAAAGCAGACAUGGCUUCGGCGGAUCUUUCAUGCCGAGUUUCCAGUGCUGAAGACAAUAAUUCUCACUUUUCUGAAAUAAUAGAACUAAAUGUUGGGGGACAGGUCUACGUAACCAGACAUGCAACUUUAAUUUCUGUGGCAGACUCUGUCCUCUGGAACAUGUUUAGCCAACAAAAGCCCAAAGAACUACCACGGGACAGCAAAGGGCGGUACUUUAUAGACAGAGAUGGCUUUUUGUUCCGAUACAUUUUGGACUACCUGAGGGAUCUGAACCUUGUCUUGCCUGAUUGCUUUCCAGAGAAAUGCAGGCUGCAAAGGGAAGCAGAAUUCUUCCAACUGCACGAACUCUCCAAGUGUCUAAGUACAAAGAUGAGUAAAGACAGCUCAGUGAGCGAGGACAUCUGUCAAGGCGAUCCGGACGAAGGUGCGCUGCUCGGCGCGGUCAGGGAGUCCGCCGCCAGCCAGCGGAGAUCCGGCUACAUUACCAUCGGAUACAGGGGCACCUACACCAUCGGGAGGGAUAUCCAAACCGACGCCAAAUUCAGAAGGGUGGCCAGGAUCACCGUGUGCGGGAAAACGUCCCUGGCAAAAGAAGUGUUCGGGGACACCCUGAACGACAGCAGGGACCCGGACCGGCCCCCGGAGCGGUACACGUCCCGUUACUACCUGAAGUUUAAUUUCCUGGAGCAGGCGUUUGAUAAACUGAGCGAGGCCGGUUUUCACAUGGUGGCCUGCAGCUCCACGGGCACCUGUGCGUAUGUCAGCAGCGACCCGAGCGAGGACAAGAUUUGGGCGAGUUACACGGAGUAUGUGUUCAGCCGGGGGGGGCGACGCUGAGCGGCCAGUGUGGGCAGGGCGGCUGCGGGCGACACCCGGCGAGCAGCAUCUACCCAUGUGAAAAGCUGGCAUGCCACAAAAUUCAGUAACGCUGUUUUUCAUUUAUCAGGUCAUUUCAUUCAUCGGAUGUUGAGUGUUACAAAUAAUGACAUUGAAAAUAUGAACAUACUACGCAACUUCUUUAUUUUUGCAAUUGUAAUUGAGCUUUGUUGAUUUAUCACCGUCAUGGAAGGACACUUUUGGUCCGUUCAGACUUGUCUUGUUUUGUAAUUUAAUCACGUGUUUUAAAUGUACGGUUAAAUUACGGAUACUUGCACCACAAAACUGUAAAAGUGGAAUAAAUUGUAUUUGGAUAGCAUCACUGUCUGCGAUUAAGUUUUGCGUGUUGAACGAACUUAUAAAGCUAAACUGACCUGCGUUUUUCUGACAUCUUUGGACUUAAUUUCCUCAUAAUAUUGAGCAUAUAAAAUGCCUUUGACUAGUUAACUUUACAGUUUUAUGUUGCCAGUUUAUGACGUUAUCCGCUGACACCAAAGGCUCGCAUUAUGAAGCCAGUGCCAUAUAUUUUCAGAAAUAAGUAGCUACAUAUUUGUCAAUAUAUAACUGAACGAAACGUCAUGCUGCUUUCAUUGGUAAUGUUCUUUUUGACGCAUACAUUUGAGUAUAUGGACUAUUUUGUAUGAAUAAAUACUACUGUGUGUGUGUUCAUUUGGAGUUGUAUUCCAUAUUUAGCAGAAGAAAUAAAGCAAAUAUCUUUUGCACA